GGAUGGGUGGAGUUUGCGGGUGGAGUGUUUUGACAUACGAGGCUGUAGAGUGGUAGUUAGAAAGACGGCUUGCGUCAGCGUGGUCCCUGCGGAUAUUACGAUGAAUCAAGCUUUUUUAAUUGGGCGGGGGUAUCAACGGAGCUUCGAGGAACGAUGGUGCUUGCCUACAAUAGCAAGGUCGAUACCGGCCUGAUCCUUACCCUGUAUACAACCAUGUCUUCUCGAUCUCACUCCGCUGCCAAGUAGAUAAAAUCUGGGCUGUGAGAUGUUCAAAGUAAAGGUAAUUGAAGCCGCUCCCCCGCACAGCUUGCCGCUGGCAGUUACUCAUGCCCAGUCUCCAUCCACUUCACCCCCCACCUGCCUAGUGGACACGAUACUCAUGUCCAAUCGAACAUCAACAACAACUCAGGGUCAAGCAUUUGGACCUUUACCCCCUGAGCUGCUUCUCAACACCUUAGACAAGCUCGUGGAAACAUGUAACGAUCACCACCCUGUGGCACGCUCACGGUUCGACAUAAUAACCAGGACACUGCACUCGCUCACGUUAGUCUCGCGCAGUGUUCACCCGAUAGUUACUGAAUAUCUGUACUCAAAUUGCGUGUGGCUGGAUUCUCAAGGGACCUUGGGCCACUUUUGCGCGACGUUAGGACUGGAUGAUCAGCAUCAAACCACUGUACAAAAUAUCAAAAGACUCCCGAAGCCUACUUUCUCGCGGUACAUUACGUCAAUACACAUAUCGCCCAUACCAAAAAGAAACCUGUGGGAAGAUGAUUGGACACCCUCUAUGAGACUACCGGCAAUCAUCAACUUAUUUAAUACUAUUGGGCCUAACUUGAAAAGACUGCACCUCAACUUUAAUCCGUUCAUGUUCACUUGGGAUGAUACAGAAAUCACAGACUCGUAUCUCAUUGAUUCAAACAUUUACUCACGUAUGUUCCUUCUGGAGGAGCUAAUCAUCGGCUGCUACGUUGUCGGUCAUUUCCCCAACCCGCCACCGAAUAUCAAACGACUUGCCAUAGUUACUGAUCAUUUUGGAGAUGCAGAAUGGACCUUCUAUCGAUCUUCGCCAUCACUCAAAUCAUUGGUGUUCUUGCGGCCAUAUACAAUGACGGCUGAUGAUGUUGACACCCUCGUUGACUUAUAUCAGGGAGAAAGUCUGGACAUCAUUCUUGUUGACAUGCAUUCAUAUUAUACAACACCAGUCGGGACACGGAACUGGAAAUCAGAUCAUACGGUGCGGAUAUGGGAAGCUUCUAUGCCGUGGAGCCCGGGAGACCCAGCUGACCAAUGGAUAUGGGAUCAAGGUGCUGCAGGUACACUAUGGGGCCAGAAGCAGCGACGCAUGCCACCGUGGUCAGAAGUCGAAGGAGAUCAGUAGGAUCCGCACGCAGCAUUUUGGAUACGACAACAUUGCAUGACUAAAUUAAUGAUCAUAUCCAUCUAAUCCAGAUUCGCAUCGAUUCUGACGCU